AUACUCAAAUGGAGUGGUAUAAAAAAAAGUAUAAUCCCAUUCCCAUUUGUGGGUGAGUUUUCUAGUUGAGAUGGAUUACCAAAAGAAGGUAGAAAUAAGGUUUUGCUGGGACAGGACUUUGUUAUGCUUACUUCUUCUUUUUUUGUGGUUUUGUUUUGUUGAUAGAGAAGGGACAAAGGAAAUUAAUUAAAAUGGUUCGAGGAAAGGUGGAAAUGAAGAGGAUUGAGAAUGCGACAAGCCGGCAAGUGACCUUCUCGAAACGGCGAAAUGGAGUGAUGAAGAAAGCUUAUGAGCUAUCAGUUCUUUGUGAUGCUCAAGUUGCUAUUAUUAUUUUCUCUCACAAAGGAAAACUCUAUGAAUUCUCAAGCUCCAGCAUGCAAAAGACAAUCGACAGAUAUCGUGAAUAUGCAAAAGAAAAGCAGAUGAACAGUAACACCUUUGAAGUGGUACAACACAUGGAGCAUUUGAGGGAAGAAACAGCAAACAUUGCAAAGAGGAUAGAGAUCCUUGAGAUUUCCAAACGGAAGCUUUUGGGGCAAGGUAUAGGGUCAUGUUCAAUGAAUGAACUUCAAGAGAUAAACAACCAGCUGGAUAGAAGCUUAAAGAAAAUCAGGGCGAGAAAGUUUCAAUUAUUCAAGGACGAAAUACGACGGCUAAAAGACAGGGAGAGACUAUUGCUUGAAGAAAAUGCAAGGUUAUCUGAAAAGUGUGGACUAAGGCCAAGGCCAAGGCCAGCAGCAUUUGAACUACCGGUUGACCUAACACGACCAGCCCAACAGAAAGAAAAGGAGAAGUGUUCAGAGGUGGAGACUGAUUUGAAUAUUGGCCUUCCUGACAUUGGUUGGUCGUAGUAAUUCUGGAAAUUAAAUAUGGAAGAUAUUGAACCUCUUCAAGUUAGCUAUGCUUGAGCUUUUUCUUGUUAGCUCAGAAGGGCAUAAAAAUUCAACAAAUAAGAUAUGCCGAUACAUCUCAGCUUCUAGGUAUUAUUUCUGUGAACAACAGUUGUAAAGAAGCCUAAUUUAUUGCAUAAUAAUAAAUUUUCCUCUCUCCCUCCA